CGGCCCGGCUGCGGCCCCGCGCUGACCGCCGGCCCCUCAGGGCUCCCCCCUGGGCCAGGGCUCUCAGCGCUGACCGCCGGCCCCUCACGGCUCCCCGCGGGCCGGGGCUCCCCAGCGUUUGCAGGAGUAUAUGGUCCUGAAAUUUUAAUUGUACAGAGGUCAUUGACAGACACUCAUCAUGUCUUGGCUCGCUGAUCUCGCUGGAAAGGCAGAGGAUCUGCUCAACAGAGUUGAUCAAGGAGCUGCAUCAGCUCUGAGCAAAAAAGACACCUCGAGCAGUGCAGUUUAUGAUAAGAAGAACUUGGACUCUGCCAAUGAGUAUUCUGAAGUGCACCAGCAUACUGGAGAACUGAAAUACCAGAGCUCAUCCAAAGCAGCCUACAUCUCCUCAGCAGCUGAAAAUAUUAAACACCAAAAGGCCACAAUCCUGGCAGGAACAGCAAAUAUUAAAACAGCACGUAGGACAUCCUCAGAGGCAGCUUCUCCAGUAGAAAAUGCUUCCACACCCAGAGCUGCCUCACAUUUUGUGAGAAGAAAAAAGUCAGAACCUGAUGACGAGUUGCUAUUUGAUUUUCUCAACAGUUCAGAGAAAGAACCUAAUGGAAGGAUAGACUCUAAAAAGGAGAAGAGCAAGGCACUUGUUCCUCAGAAUCACUCUCGGACUUCAAGCAUUAGUUCUGUGUCUACCAGUACACAGAGUGCAAAAACUACUGAGGAUAAUUCCAUCAGGAGCCAAGGCAAUGAAACUCCAGACAGUUCAGACUCUGGCCUGGGAGCCCAAGGGAAUGAUGGCCUGAAGGAUUCAUCCCCAAGUGCAGUCACCAGCCCCAGCCCUUCAGCCAGUGAUGAUUCCAAAUCCCAUGAGCUGUCCAACCUUCGCCUGGAGAACCAGCUGCUGCGAAAUGAGGUUCAGUCUUUAAAUCAAGAAGUGGCUUCAUUAAUACAGAGGUCCAAAGAAACACAAGAAGAACUGACCAAAUCCCGGGAGAAGGUGGAGAAGUGGAAUGUUGACCAUUCCAAGAGUGACAGGAUGGUUAGAGAGCUUCAGGCUCGGGUGGAUGAUCUGACAGAAGCUGUUGGUGCCAAAGAUUCCCAGCUGGCUGUGCUGAAAGUACGGCUGCAAGAGGCUGAUCAGCUCCUGAGUGCUCGGACAGAAGCUUUAGAGGCACUGCAGAGUGAAAAAUCACGGAUAAUACAAGACCACAGUGAAGGAAGCAGUUUACAAAAUCAAGCCCUUCAAACUCUUCAGGAGAGGCUGCGUGAUGCAGACUCUGCACUCAAGCGAGAGCAAGAAAGUUACAAACAAAUGCAGAAUGAGUUUGCAGCUCGUCUGAGUAAAGUGGAAGCAGAACGUCAGCACCUGGCAGAAGGGAUAACUGCAGCAGAGAGAAAGUAUUUAGAUGAGAAGAGGCGAGCUGAUGAGCUUCAGCAGCAAGUCAAAGUUACCAAAAGCCAGCUGGAAUCUGCAAAACAGGAGCUGACAGACUAUAAACAGAAAGCCACUCGCAUUCUCCAAUCUAAGGAAAAGUUGAUAAACAGUUUAAAAGAAGGCUCUGGUAUUGAAGGCCUGGAUAGCAAUACAGCAAGCACGGUGGAGCUGGAGGAACUGAGACACGAACGAGACACUCAGAGGGAAGAAAUACAGAAACUGAUGGGGCAAAUACAACAGAUGAGAGCAGAGCUGCAGGACAUGGAGACACAGCAGGUAAGCGAAGCUGAGUCAGUGAGAGAGCAGCUUCAAGACCUGCAAGAGCAAAUAUCAGCACAAAAAAUGGCCAAGCAGGAGGCAGAAGCUGAACUAGAACGGCAGAAACAGGAACUUCGUUAUACUGAAGAAGAACUGUAUCGGACAAAGAAUACUUUGCAAAGCAGAAUAAAAGACAGAGAGGAAGAAAUUCAGAAGCUCAGAAAUCAGCUGACAAACAAGACUCUAAGCAGUAGUAGUCAGACAGAAUUGGAGAAUCGGCUUCACCAGCUGACAGAAACACUAAUUCAGAAGCAAACCAUGUUAGAGAGCCUGAGCACAGAGAAGAAUUCCCUUGUGUACCAGCUGGAACGGCUCGAGCAGCAGCUGAAGGCUGUCCAAGGCACAAGUGCCAAUGGACCUUCCAUUAACAUGGCAGGCAUUGAUGGUGCUGAAGGGGCUCGCCUGCGCAGUGUCCCCGUCCUGUUCGGCGACGCAUUCGGCUGGGAAUCUUUCUGAGGCGAUACCCCAUAGCAAGAGUCUUUGUCAUCAUUUACAUGGCCUUGCUUCACCUCUGGGUUAUGAUUGUGCUCCUUACCUACACCCCAGAAAUGCACCAUGACAGUCCCAGUGGCAGGUAGACUGAGACAGGACCAGGUGCUGUGCUCAUGUGCUGUGGACUGGCAAUGCCUUGGAGUCAUCAGUCCUGAAACAUCAGCAAACUUUCCUCGUGGUGUUUUGGAAGGAUGAAAACCAUCAUGCCUGAUUUACCACUACCUUUCAAAUACAUGUGUAAUACUGUGUAGCUUUCUCAAUUUACCUAAGAGAGCAUCACUUCCCUGGAGAAAUGAAGCUGUUAAGAUAAGCUCUGAUUAGCCUUUACAUUUGAUGUAGACCCUCUGAUGGUUAGAGUGAAAGAUAAGGCCUGUUCUGCAGAGAAAUGCAAGGAAUUCUGAAAUUGCAGAUAUAUCUGGUACAAAUUGUUUUAGGUCAUACUGAAUGUAGGCUAUGGUCAGGUAGUAAGCUGUAUUUAGCAUUUUAAAUAAACUUCUUUCUGGUUUCUUUCAGUCUGCUUUUGCACUUCUGUUUUUAACUUUGUACAUAAUAGGCUUUUCCUUAACAUUAACUGGAAAAAGGAAAAUGGAUUGGUGCAAUAUAUUUUUGUAAAUAAGUUUAAGAAUAAAAUAUUAUGCAUUAUUCUUAGCUUUGUACUUCUAGUGCAAUAGAUGUAUCUUUCCUACCAAGUAAGUAGUGGGGCUGCCUAUUGAAAGGCUGGUAUUUUAGCUUUAUUAGAGAAAGGGAGAUGGUUUUUGAGAAGGAAGGUUUAAACUGUUGAGAAGUAAUGGUGUUUCUUUUUGCACUUGAAAUUUGUAUAUUUUAACUGCAUUUUCUUAUACCUCUCUCAUUAGUACAUGUCUUAAUCAGAUCUUAUUGAAACAUUUAUUUUCUAAAGCUUUGGGUACUUAAUUAAAACUAUUUCUAUAUGAAAUCUAUCAAAACAUUAAAAUUUUCUCAUGUCUAAACACUCGCCAAAUAUACUAAUAAACAAACCUCAUCAAAUAUUUAUAGUAAAACCCUAAAUACCAAACUGUAGAAGUUCUGUUGUUGGAUUGUGACAUUCUAAUCAUGAAUUAUCAACGGACAAUCACACAAGGUCACUUUCUUUCCUUGAGGAAUUUCUUGGUUUUUUGUGUGGUGCUCACAGCUGGGUAAUGAAAAAUGACUGAAGCAAUUUCUCACUCUUGCUCUUAAGGAUGUGGCUCAGUUUUUGUGUGGCUUGAACACAGCCUGGGUCCUGUGCUUGAAGUGUCACACUGGCUCCUAUGGAAAUGCUACAGGGGACAAAUGACUGUAUGGCUGCUCUGAUUCAACCUUGCAGAGAAAACUGAAAUGUUUGGAUAAACUGAAUAAUAAAAGACAGCAUUUAUUCUAA